UCAUCAACAAUCGUCAACAACCGGCGGCGUCCAUGAAUGCGAAGCGCCCGACUUUAAACGGGUCGCUCCGGCACUCUUGGGUGUCGACAAUUUAUGUGAAGGUGUGCGUGGAAUUCAGUAAGCGCAAGUCUGGAUGAUCCAGCGGCAAUGAUAGCUGCAGGGGAGCCCCUGGAGUUCGUGCCGUACGGCACCGAAUACUUGACGCACCACCCUGGAAACGUGCGCCACUGCAGCGAUGGGAGCUCCGGCGAUAGAGUCCCAACUGGCCCAACAAGCGCUGCCGAGCUCUCGGAAGCCCUGCGGGGCGUCUCUCUGCGCAUCAACAGGCGCAGCGACGAUGGCCCUCAGCCCAGACCAUCCUUCUGGAAACUGCGGGAGAGCCCUUGCCUGGAAGACGACGACUCCGACGGGGAAGAGGAAAUCUACGCCUCGUCCAACACCGUAGUCUGGAGCAAGUCCAAUGGCGGUGACGUGCGCACGGUUUUGAGGACUUUCAACAUAAGCGGAAAGAUUCAGGACGCCCUUUGGUGCGACUUUCUCGUGGCCGAUUACCAGGCGAGGCACCUGGUCGGAAGCGCGUCAGAGACUGAGACGAGAGUGCCCUGCGUGUGUAUCUUUGAAGAGAGCGCUGGUACCUUACACUGUUUCUCGCGCUCCGGUGAGGAUUACACGCGCUCCGUGCCUUUCGUGGUGUCGCGGCUGUGGCCUAUGAGGUACGGACUACUGAUCGAACGCCGACUGCGAGACGUCGCCGCUCAAGUGACGUCGCACUUCCCUCUCGCGACUCCGAACGAACACUCAGCUGCUGGCGCCAUGAUGUUCAGUCUCCUUCACCCCCUGGACGAAGUGGCACCCGUAGUAAGUCGAAAUGCGAUGCACGGCCGCAUUCCCAAGUUCGGCUACACGCAGUGCGGCUCCGGCGUCGAAGUGGUAUACGUGUGCGAAGAGCCUUCGCUGCUCGUCACGUUCCACGGGUCGCAGGGGACGCACAGCGUGUGGGAAGUUCGUCGCACCACGGACGAGGAAGACCAGUAUGUGGACACCUCCGCCGCCGCUUACGGUCUCGACCGGACCCCGGCCUCCUUCCGCGCCGCCGCCCUUUCGUCUUCGCCGGCAACUAAUUCGUCUUUCAGUUGCUCGCCGCGACGUUCCCACAGCGCUUCCGCCAACGGUCGUUCAGCUCUGGAGCGGGCCUCCAACUCGGGCCACCAUAACCACUCUCCACUCGCGCACAUGGCGUACCUGAGCAGAUCGCAGUCCCCGUUGCCCGUCUUCACUCCGAGCCACGAGAACACGUUUAACACCAACUUGACGUACGACCAGUGUGAGCCGCAGGCUUCCCCCCUCGUACCGGACAUCUGCCUCGACCAGUUGUGGUGCGAACCGCAGCCCUCGGGCGAGAGAGCCUCCAAGGCCUUCGUGAUCCGCGACAUGGUCGGGAACGCCUACCUCUGCUUCCACCUGAGCUCGCGGAAGACGCUCAAGCUCGUCAGCCUCAGCAAAAGCAGCGCGCGACCUACGCUCAAGGAGUGCGACACCAUAUCGGCCCUAGAUGUCCAGUACCUGCCGUCUCUGAACAUGCUACUCGUGCUUGAUCUGAACCACAGCCUUACGCUCUAUGCCGGCCCCAGUAGACUGUGUAAAGUUCACGUGCCUUCAUUUGUGUUUGCGCCCACGAGAGAACUCGAGUGCUCGCUCCCGCGUCGCAACAGCGGAGCCAACAGCUCAUUUUCAGAUGUCGGCGUUUCCUCCAUGCCUGCGAGUGCCGGCCACUCGCAUAAAGCAGGUGAAGAUUCGGGACCCUUGCCCCUGCCACACCACGUCUCCCUGCAGGACGGCGUCAGAAAUCGUGUGACCUUGGAGUCGUCGUCUGGAACGUACUAUCGACUCAGCCUCCCAGCAAUGUCCAAGGACAGGAUCGUUAAACGAUGUCUGAAAGCUCUGUCUACCGUCCUGCCCCAGGAACUGGGCGUCCAAGUGCUCACGAGGUGGUACAUGUCGCGAAAUGCACCCGGACCCACAGACUUGACAGCAUCGACUGAAAUGCAUUCCUUUCUCGUGUUCAUUCUGGGUACGGUUGGUUGCGUCGCUGCCAGUAAUGGCUUGCAACAAGUUGGAGGCAUGGACCUCGAUGUUGUAACUCCCGUGGCAGUGAAAAAAUCUAAAUCAAGCGAAGGAGGCUCUAACGGAGACUGGGAGUAUUUGUUAGAGCGAUCGGGAGGUUCUCUCGGCCCGGCUUCGAGAAGUGUACCAAAAGUGGGCCCGAAGAUGCCGCUGUUUGUCCCUAGCUGCGAGACAUCGGCUAGCAAUGUUGCACCCCUCCAAGAUCAUGCCUACAGUGUGCUGAUUGCACUCCACCUUGUCUAUGAAGACGCCAAGUUGGACGUGCUCGAGUGGCCCUCGUUGCCUCGAUUUGCCGAGUUCCUCUAUAGGCUGUCCGUCCAUUUGGGCUUGAAGUCCUAUCAAGACCUCUACAGGAAAGACUUCCCAGAGAAAAUCAGAAUCGUCGACGUUUCGUCUACUGCAUCGAUUCCUGAGGGUGAGCCAAGGACUCCGUCUUGGUUUCCUUUGUCCCCACCUAACAUAUUUUCCUGGAUCGCAAAUACGAUGGCACAUCUGAGUGACAAGUCGUCGAGGUUUCUUUACAUCCCCGGAACGACGAGGUCUCUCAAAGCGGUUGUGCUUCUCUACUCUGUGCUCUCUCGCCCAUUGGAGUGUUCAUUUUCCACUGAGCUCCUGCAGGACAUUUCUGCAGCAUCACUAGGAAAACAUGAAAGCCAUAAAUUUUCUUUUCACAAGCAGAGUGGUGUAGGUGAGAGGAUAGUCUCUCUCCUUGUCAAGCUUGGCAUCAGUUUGGAUCAGCUUUCUCGUUGGCCCUCGGGAGUUGUCGCACCUCUUCAGGAUGCCAUGGUCGAGUGUCAGGACAGCCCUGCUCUUGGUUGGGGUCCAGCAGCGUGUCGCUUGGUGGGAAGGGAAGAUCUUGCCGAGCUGACAGCGCAGAAGCAAAGAAAGUGUCUUGCAAAGAUGCCCGUGCCAUCUGUGCACGAAAACCCAAAGCAGGGAUCGAGCCUUAUUGAGAAGGACAACGGCUUUGAGCUCCUCAACAAAGAAAUGUGCAAGCUAAAGUUCAGCAAAGACCAGCGCAUUAGCGAGGCAUGCCGCAUGCUGCAAUCGUCAAUGCCAGUGUGCAUAGCCAUCCAGCAGAGGCCAGAAGUGAGCGACCACGAAUUUGUGGAGGAACAGGAGCGCCAUCUCUAUGGCUUGUGCAUUCGCACCAUGGCCCUUCCUGUAGGCAGAGGUAUGAUGACACUGCGCAGCUGCCAGCCUGUACUUGCUGACCCGCUGCCAAUUCCAAAGCUCUGCCUUACGGGUCGGGUUCCCCUGAGAAAUGCCACGGUUGACAUGUCUCACAUUGAAGUGCCUCCAAAUAUGAACACGUGGCCCUUAUUUCACAACGGCGUUGCAGCUGGGCUGCGUGUUGCACCCGACGCGAGUGAUGUAGACUCGAGUUGGAUUACCUUCAACAAGCCCCGAGCCAGCACUGCGACAGAUGCCACCAUUGAGCAUGCUGGCUUCCUCCUCGGGCUAGGUCUCAACGGCCACCUGUCUGCUCUCACUACCACAGCCAUCCACGAUUACAUGCUAAAGAACCAUGAGCUGACUAGCGUCGGGCUGCUGCUUGGCUUGGCUGCCUCGAAGCUGGGGAGCAUGGAUCUUGCGGGCACGAAACUGAUGAGCAUUCAUGUUGAAACCCUUCUGCCGCCUACCUCUACGGAAUUGGACGUGCACCCGCUAGUAUGCGUGGCAUCUGUCAUGGGCCUGGGACUGCUCUACGCAGAGUCUGGUCAUAGCCAGAUGGCAGACAUACUCCUUGGAGAGAUCGGUCGGCCUCCAGGUCCAGAGAUGGAUCACUGCAUCGACAGGGAAAGUUAUGCGCUGGCAGCCGGGCUUGCCUUGGGCUUGAUCAUGCUUGGAAAGGGUGGCUCUCAUUCCCACCAUUCCGACUUGCGCAUGGCCGAGCAGCUUCACCAUUACAUGGUCGGUGGACGCGUGCGGUCGGCGGGGAGCCAGCGGGAGAGAUUCCGUUCUCCCAGCUACCAAAUUAGAGAAGGCAACGCUGUCAAUGUUCACGUCACCAGCCCAGCAGCUACCCUUGCCCUUGGCAUGAUGUUCUUCAACAGCGGCGAUAAGGCAGUUGCUGGCUGGAUGGCUGCUCCGGAAACACAGUAUCUCCUGGACAUGGUCCGGCCGGACUUUCUUCUUCUCCGGACGCUGGCCUCAGGGCUCAUUCUAUGGUCCGACGUCUGUCCCACAAAAGCUUGGAUUCAGAGUCACAUACCUGAAGUGGUGGCCACCUAUGCAUUUCAGAGGACAUCCGAAGACGUGGAUAUUGACCACGAGACCAUGAGCCAAGCAUACUGCAACAUAUUGGCCGGAGCUUGCCUCUGCGUUGGUCUCAAAUUUGCAGGCUCUGCAAACUAUGAGGCAUUCGAUAUCCUCCGUCAUUACACCAUGUACUUUCUGGACCUGCAGAAGCAGGCUGUGGCCGAGCAAGCUGGACGAAACACGCUGGAGACCUGCCUUCUCGUCACGGUGUUGAGCCUGUCCCUCGUCAUGGCUGGCACUGGCGACCUUGAAGUCAUGCGCAUCUGCCGCCACCUCCGGCUGCGCUCCACUCACGCUUCGAGCCACGUCCUGUACGGUUCUUACCUGGCAACGCACAUGGCGUUGGGCUUUUUAUUCCUCGGCGGUACGGAACUUACCCUAAGCACACGUCCCAUGGCCGUUGCGGCUUUGCUGUGUUCCCUCUUCCCAUGUUUUCCCAUCCACAGCAGUGACAACCGCUACCACUUGCAGGCCUUCAGGCAUCUCUAUGUUCUUGCCGUGGAACCUCGCCACUUACUGCCGGUAGACUCCAUAACCGGGAACGUUGUCUACAGCCACAUAACCAUCUCCUUCAGGCCAACGAAUGCCUAUGGCCCCUGCGAGUAUGUGCUGAAGGCACCUUGUCACCUUCCCGAACUUGACCUCUUGGACAGCAUCGGCUUGAACGACCCCCGCUACUGGCCAAUCACCUUCCGGCGCGACAAAAACUGGGACCUCCUCAAAUCUGUGCUCUCGAACCGGGGCCGGCUGUGCGUCAAGCACAAGGCUGGUUGCCUGCCAUAUGCCGUGGAUCCUACGGGUUGCAAGACGGCUUUUGAGCAAAGUGCCAUAAAGGACCUACUACGCGGAUGGUCACUGAGGCCCAAGGUGUCUGCCUGCUUCUCCGAGAACACCGUGAUUUCGAAGUUCACAGAGUUCUUCCUCAGAGUGCGUGCAUUUGGCGAUUCAGAGCAGGCUUUGCAGCAUGCCUUUGGCACCAUACUUUUGGAGUGCACCAUGCGCGAGAGGGUAGACAUGCUUUCUACGCUCUUCGAUCUGUUCCAGACUGCCAGGCACGACUUCAUGCAAUCUACGUUACCGCUGUGGCAGGCCAGGAUCGUGCUGGCCUACUACGACCACUGCAGAGGUCCGAAGCAACAACUCAUCGACAAGUCUUUUGCCCUCACCCUGCGGGCACGCAUUGCGGCCGCUGUCGACGACGUCCUCCCCAAGGAGGUGCUGUGCGCGGCUGUGCAGACGUACGUGAAGAACGGGCCCAAUGUGCCUGCAGCCGCACUUCCGUUUCUUGUGUGGCACGACAUUUCGUACCCUCUGUCGAAUGCUCGCCAAAGUUGCGACAGCCCUGCCCAUUUUCUCGCCUUCUGCCUCGAACAUUUGUCACCAGCCAUUGGCAGUGAGACAAUCCUGCAGUCACUGUUGUGAGUGUGCCUGUGGUUACGACUGUUG